GCCUUUGAUUCAGUCUGAGUUUGACAUCUAGUGAAGGUGUGUCUAACGGUGUGCGAAUAGGUUGUAGUAUUUCAAAGAUCACCCAAAAAUGAACUUCUCUGGGAAAAACAAAUCAACUGGGAAAACUUUCCUUUUCACAUCCGAAUCAGUGGGAGAAGGGCAUUCUGACAAAAUGUGUGACCAGAUCAGUGAUGCUGUGCUUGAUGCCUAUCUGGCAGAAGACCCAGAUUCCAAGGUGGCCUGCGAGUGCGUGGCGAAGACAGGAAUGAUCCUGCUGUGUGGUGAGGUCACAUCGAAGGCCGUGAUUGACCUUCAGUUCGUGGUGAGGAACACUAUUAAGAGCAUCGGCUAUGACGACUCCUCCAAAGGUUUCGAUUAUAAGACCUGCAACCUCCUCGUGGCCUUGGAACCUCAGUGUGUAGAAAUCAGUGACUGUGUGUUCGAGGGAAAGAAAGACGAGGACAUUGGUGCUGGAGACCAGGGUCUGAUGUUUGGCUACGCCACUGAUGAAACGGAGGAAUGCAUGCCGUUGACCAUCCUCCUGGCCCACAAACUCAAUGCAAUGAUGAAGAAGCUCUCUUGCAAUGGAGUGUGCCCCUGGAUAAGACCAGACUCCAAAACUCAGGUCACUGUGGAAUACCGGGACAAUAACGGUGCAACGGAGCCGGUGCGAGUGCACACGGUGGUGAUCUCUGUGCAGCACAGUCCCGAGGUCACUCUGGAGAAGAUUCGCAAAGACUUAAUGGAGAAAGUAGUCAAGGAAGUCAUCCCUGCCAAAUACCUUGAUGAGAGGACGAUCUAUCACUUACUGCCCAGCGGCAAGUUCAGCACAGGUGGCCCUCAGGGAGACGCAGGACUCACAGGCCGCAAAAUUAUAGUGGAUACUUACGGUGGGUGGGGAGGCCACGGAGGUGGGGCCUUCUCUGGAAAAGACUACUCCAAAGUAGACCGCUCUGGAGCUUAUGCUGCACGAUGGGUUGCCAAAUCUCUGGUGAAGGCGAAACUCUGCAAAAGAGUUCUGGUCCAAAUAUCAUACGCCAUCGGUGUGAGCCACCCACUGUCUGUCUCUGUGUUCCACUACGGUACAUCUACCAAGGAUGAAGAUGAGCUGCUGAAAAUUGUGCAGAACAAUUUCGACUUACGCCCAGGGGCCAUAAUAAAGGAGCUGAAUCUGAAAAGGCCAAUCUACCAGAAAACCGCGUGUUAUGGCCACUUUGGCAGAGAGGAGUUUCCGUGGGAGAAGCCAAAACCUUUGGUGUUCUGAUAGAUUCGAGAAUGUUAAUGGGAUUUGAUUCGAGAAUGCCAUUUUGUGAUUAGUGCGAAAUAACCAAAGACACUUCACAUCAAUUGUUGAUUAGUGAUCCAGUGACAACACAUCCAUGAUGAACAAUAUCUGGAGAGCUCUUUGACGGAAAUAACGCAUAAUCAUCUCUUGUAAUUCUUAUUUUUGCCAUUUUAUCGCUUCUGUUUUUAACAUCUGUUUACUGUGAACAAAAGCACUUGAUUACACUUUGCUCCAGUUCUAUCAUCUAAUCAUUUAUUUUGAUUAACUGUGCUCUAUAAAACUACAAGUACUACUG